CGAUCAGGCGCGUGUGCUGGCGUCCCCGUCGGUUCGACGGAACGUUCGUUCGUGUAGUGUGUCGCGCGGUCGCCGACAGGAAGCGUGGAGCAGUGACAGCUAAGAUGGCGGAGUGUCUGGUGUGGUGGUAGUAAGGCAGCGUGCUGGUAGAGCAGAUGAGCGGUGGUGCACCGGGUGCCUGGGACAGUCAACAUAACCUCGAGAGAGUCUCAAGGAUUUGGAAAUAAAUACCAUUCGAAGGAGGAUGGAGCAGUCGACGGCGUCGACGGCGAGGCGUCGCGGGCACCAGCAUCACCCCCGUCACGCCACACGUCGACGUCUCGACGCCUCCAGCAGAGGACCCGCGCAGUGUGGUCCUGGAGGAGGCGCCCUGGCACCAGAAUCAUCCUCGACGGACACCUCCCCGUCGAAGGAUGACAUUGAUACUCCGAUCGUGAACUUACUAGGUCAGACCACCACCACAUCACCACCAUUAUCAGCAAAACAAAAACAUGAUACCUCAUUGCAUCCUGGCGAUGUCAGCAGCACAUCGAGCUACGAUCGGAGUAAAGUCCAAAGGCCCGCGCAGUGUGGCCAGGACGAGGAUGUCCAUUCCCAACGAACUAGACUAUCCGAUAAGUUAUGUGAUCCUGUCGUGAUCACUGACAGUCCUAUCUCCAAAGGUCAGGACUACGACGAUAGCAGCGAGCCUGAGCACGCGGUCGCGAGGGCUCGCGGCGAUGGCAAUUCCGACGAUGAGGGUCAGGUCAUCGAAGAGGAUCCUGAACUCGCCGAACUUGCCAAAAUGAGAUGUCCAAGUGAACGUACCGAGGUACAGGCCGAGCGUGAGGCACGUCGUCGUAAAAGGUGUGCCGAUUAUCCUGGCCUUGCAUUUGGAAGCUCGAUUUUCUCCAGCGACACCAUGAUGAAGUUCAGUCUCAUACGAAACGAACUACAGAAUAUCAUGGGCAAUCAGCUGAAGCGGGCCGAGUCUGAGGUUGCUGCCCUCAAUCGUCGUAUCCAAUUGUUGGAGGAGGAUCUUGAGAGAUCCGAGGAACGUCUCGCCACCGCCACUGCCAAAUUGGCCGAGGCUUCCCAGGCCGCCGAUGAGAGCGAACGGAUACGCAAGGCUCUUGAAAACCGAACCAACAUGGAGGACGACCGGGUAUCCUUACUGGAGGAGCAGCUGGCGCAGGCUAAGCUGAUCGCCGAAGAGGCGGACAAGAAGUACGAGGAGGUCGCCAGGAAGCUAGUCAUGAUGGAGCAGGACCUCGAGCGUGCCGAGGAAAAGGCUGAACUUUCCGAGGGUAAGAUCGUCGAGCUUGAGGAGGAACUGCGCGUCGUUGGUAACAACCUGAAGUCCCUCGAGGUGUCCGAGGAGAAGGCGACGCAGAGAGAGGAAACGUUUGAGGGCCAGGUCAAGACUCUCGACAGCCAGUUGAAAGAGGCUGAGGCCCGCGCUGAGUUCGCCGAGAGAUCCGUGCAGAAAUUGCAGAAGGAGGUCGACAGGCUCGAGGACGACCUCGUCGCCGAGAGAGAGAAAAACAAAUUGCUCCAGGAGGAGAUGGAGGCAACCCUGCAUGACAUCCAGAACAUGUAGAUCGUGUUGCGGUGGCGAGCAAAAAAGCAUAAAAUAGACAAAAAAAGCCAACCCCUUGGUUAUCUUGGCGCGCGCUUCUAUCGGUGCACACCUAACAUAAUCUGCAAACAAAAGAUAUAGAGUCCUUAGGCCACCCUGAGACCUCUGAGUUCCCUCCUCACCACGUACACUUUACAUUUUCACGUAUAUACUCAUCUAUACCUUUCAUGGAAAUUAUCCUUAGACCCCGUCGAGCCAAUCACACACAUCUACACGCAUGAGCAUUCAAAGUGUAGACACGUGACCCUUUUCGAGCUUUCGUGUGUGUAUGUGAGAAUUUAUGUGGUGAGAAAGAGUGAAUGAAUGAGUGGGGCAGGGAAGGGGGAGAGAGAGAGAGGAAAAAUUGGAAAAAAUGCAAGAAUGGAUGAGAUCGAAAGAUAACGCGUGAACGUAAAAUGGGUCCAGCUAGGUCGAGAAUGCUCACAUUUCGUCCACAUUCCGCAUUCCUAAUUGAUUGACAGUUCGAACGCGAUGCCAUUAGGGCGCUUUGCGAUGUUCUUGGUGUCUGACUUAAAAUUUAUUGACCGUAUUCGGUUGGAGAAUGAAUUUAGUUCGGAUGGAUGGCUCAGUGUACCGACUUUUUAUUUUCAAUUUGAAAUUUCAUUUAUUUACCCUACUUACCGACGGAUACGUGCGUCCUUUUCAGCCGGUAUGGCAGAAUUGGAUACGGUACUAAUACCGUUGAGUUACUUACGGUCGGUAACAUGUGUAUCGAAGGAAAAGGAACGUUGGGCCAUCUUGAUAAGCUGUGCGUGACCAUUACUGCCGACGAUUUUUUUUAUGGGGUUAUGUUCCGCCCCGUAAAGUCUUUUUUUUCCAUGGCCUACCACUGCGUUCCUAGCUGCUCUCGUUCGAAUAGGUGCAAUCGAUCUCUUCCUCCAUGUGACUCCAAAUCGUGCCUGUACAUAUUUACUCUUUAACGUGUUUCUCUUGGCCAAUCGAAUAUUGCGAUUACGCGGAGACGUGCUCAAUGCCGUAAUUAUCUUACGUGUCUCUAAUGGCGCUUUUGAUAAGCGCGAAUUACUGUAGGACUGUAACCUGACGGUCGGACCUUGAAAGAUUUCGAUGAUCAUGAAUUUUGAAACUAGUUUUCUCUUGUUUUUUUUUUUCUAAUUCUUUUCCGUUAUUUUUAACGUUUCGGCCAUUUUUGCAUCGUCGACUCGUCACUGCCAUCUGUCGGUGUCAAACUGCGAUCAUGGCAGGCGGGAACUUCGUUUACCGAACUCUUAGCAUUUAAUCACGUUAUAUAGUUUCUUCAAAUUUGAGUUCGACGUUGACAGGUGCUGGAACGGGGCAAGAUUCAAAAUUAUGUAUGUCAUUGAAUCCUGUCCCGUUUCCCACGACACGACCAAAAUGGCGAGACACACGAGUACUGAAACUGCGACUCGACAUGAGCACGUUUCUCUUGUUCAGAAUACUUUUGUUUAUUUUUAUUUUAUUUUUUUGUCUUUCUCCCGUCACCGGCGUCACGAGCAUAAAAGAGUAUAUACACGAGUGAGAAGAAAGAAAGACAGCAACAGAUGCACAAUUAUAAUACAUCCCUACAUCCUACUAUUAAUUUUUAUUAUCCUCUUACUUUACUUGAAACAAAUGAAAAUGCUGAAAAAAGAUACUUGAGUUAUAUUAGUCGUAUUAAUUUACCUAAUAUUAAUUAAAUUGAAAAAUGAUGA